AUGGCAUCUACCGAUAUCGUUACCCGGGAGCUGAAGAAUCCCAUGGACGUAGCCGAAUACCUCUUCAGACGUCUACACGAGGUCGGCGUCCGUGCCGUCCACGGCGUACCCGGCGACUACAAUCUCUCUGCCCUGGAUUACCUCCCAAAGUGCGGUCUGAACUGGGUAGGCAAUUGCAAUGAGCUUAACGCAGGCAACUCUAAUACCACCCAAACAGGCUAUGCGGCCGAUGGCUACGCUCGUGUGAACGGCAUUGGCGCUUUGGUCACGACUUUCGGAGUUGGAGAGCUGUCCGCCCUCAAUGCCAUUGCAGGCGCUUACUCUGAAUUCGUCCCGAUCGUACACAUUGUCGGCCAACCUACCACCCAGUCACAGAAAGAUGGAAUGCUGCUCCACCACACUCUUGGGAAUGGAGACUUCAACGUGUUCAAUAAGAUGAGCUCGGCCAUCUCUUGCUACACUGCUCGGCUCAAUGAUCCCCAUGACGCUGCAACGCAAAUUGACAGUGCCAUUCGUGAAUGCUGGAUUCGCAGUCGUCCGGUCUACGUCACUCUGCCUGCUGACCUGGUUGCCGCCAAAGUUAACGGUGAUCGUCUGAAGCAGCCGAUCGAUCUAUCUUUGCCUAAGAAUGACCCGGAGAAGGAGGACUACGUCGUUGACGUGGUUUUGAAGUAUCUCAAUGCAGCCAAGAACCCUAUCAUUCUGGUUGACGCCUGUGCCAUUCGACACCGGGUUCUGGAAGAAGUUCGCGACUUGGUCGAGGCUUCCAACCUGCCCACAUUCGUCACGCCGAUGGGCAAAGGUGCGGUGAACGAGACAUACAAGAAUUUCGGCGGUGUGUAUGCCGGCAGCGGCUCACAACCCAAUGUGAGCGAGGCUGUAGAGGCUUCUGAUCUCAUUCUCAGCAUCGGGGCAAUCAAGUCGGACUUCAACACGACGGGAUUCACCUACCGUAUUGGACAAUUGAAUACCAUUGAUUUCCACAGCACUUAUGUGCGCGUGCGGUACUCGGAGUAUCCCGAGAUCAACAUGAAGGGUGUUUUGCGAAAGGUUAUCCAGAGGAUGGGCAAGGUCAAUGCUGUUGCUCCCCCUCCCCUCACAAAUCGUCUCCCCAAGAACGAGGAGAACUCAACCAGCCAGGUCGUCACCCAUGACUGGCUGUGGCCGACCGUUGGCCAGUGGCUCAAGGAGAAGGAUAUUAUCAUUACCGAGACUGGCACUGCCAACUUUGGUAUCUGGGAUACUCGAUUCCCUGCACACGUGACUGCGAUCAGCCAGGUCCUCUGGGGCAGCAUUGGCUAUUCACUCGGCUCUUGCCAGGGCGCCGCAUUGGCCGCGAAGGAGCAAAACAACCGCCGCACCAUCCUCUUCAUUGGAGACGGUAGCACCCAAUUGACCGUCCAAGAAAUUAGCACAAUGCUGCGGAACAAGCUAAACCCUAUUGUUUUUGUGAUCUGCAAUGAAGGCUACACCAUUGAACGCUACAUCCACGGAUGGGAUGCAAGCUACAACGACAUCCAGCCCUGGGACUUCUACAGCAUCCCCAAAGUAUUCGGUGGCCAAGAUGGAUACCAGGGUUAUCGGGUGAAGACCCGGGAUGAACUGACCCAGCUAUUUGCUAAGCCAGACUUCUGCAAUUCGGACAAGCUUCGCCUUGUUGAGUUGUACAUGCCCCGAGACGACGCUCCCUCCGCUUUGAAGUUGACUGCCAAGGCUGCGGCCAAGCGCAACGAAUAA